UCGGUUCAAUAUGGCGGAUAUUACAUAGGGGGUUAAACUUCGAGUUUAGAUUUUAUAUUGUUUAUUUAUUACACUUUAUCUGACGAAAUAAACAAAGUCUGAGGAAUUAUUUGUUUGAUUUGAGCUCGUUAAAACCUGCAGUGUGUGCGUGUAACUGACAGCUGAUUUAUCAGCAAUGUGACUUUACUCAGGAAGGAACGGAUGAACCAUUUCUGCCCUGAUGAUGGAGUCCCUCUGAUCAGAUCUUGGUAGAACAUCAGAGCCAUGGAGAAGUUUGGGAUGAGUUUUGGGGGUGGUCCCAGCAGGAAGGAGCUGUUGGACGCCAUAGAGUCCCAGAAGAAGCAGCUGGUACAGUACCAGACCCGUUUCAAGGAUGUGGUCCGGGCCUACAGGAGUCUUCUAAAGGAGAAAGAGGCUCUGGAGGCCAGUCUAAAGGUCCUGAGUGUAACCCAAGAGGUGGACCUGAAGUAUCAGGGCCCGGACACCUCCUCCACCACCCCAGACCUCCCAGAGGACGGCUGCUCACUGCACAGUGAGGAUAGCAUGGACACAGCUGCAUCUGUAGACACACCUAAUGAGACCACCAGAGGGGAUCAGUCUGAGGAAGACCAGGGGGAACCGGGAAGAAAAUCUAGCUUAUUGACCCUGAGGUCCGAACUUGAGGUUGGCAGCUCAGAGAGCAACAGUGGAUGGGUGGAGCCUCAGCAUUCAGCCAUUCCGCCUCCCUCCAUGGAGGUGGAGCGUCGAGUCGCCCAGAUGAAGAGCCAACUAAGCACACUCACCAGCGCCCUGGCCACAGUGACACAGGAGAAAUCUCGGAUGGAGGCAAGUUUCCAGGCCGACAAGCGACAGCUGAAGCAGGAGGUGGAAGAGCUGCAGGAACAGCUGGCUGCUGUGACAACACAGCAGGAGGUGGAGCUGCACAAUCUGCAGCAGCAGCUUGCCGAGAGUCGCGCUCGCAUCAUCACGCAGCAGCAUGAGAGGGAGCAGGAGCAGGGAGACCAUGUUCAGCAGCUGCGAGAGCUACAAAGGAUCCUGCAGCAGGAACGAGACCUGCGUCAGGAUGCAGAGCUCCGCCUACAGGACGCCAAUACCACACUCCUGAUAACAUCACAGGCCGUGGACCGGGAGGCGGAGUUUGAAGCUCACUUGAACCAGGUGAAGGAAGAGAGAGAUGUGCUGAAGAGAAGGCUGCAAACUGCUGAGGAGGAGCAAAAGAAACCUGAUCCCAGAGUGCAACAACUGCAGCAAGAAUUGACAGAGAUGAAAACCCACUUCCAGCAGCAGAUCCACAAUGAGUCAAGGAAGGCAUGUGAGGCAGAAGAGCGUGCUCGUGAGCGUGCUCAGGCUGCAGAGGUCAGGGUUGCAGCUCUGGAGCAACGGGUUUCUGAACUGUCAGAGCUGUUGGGUUCCUGCGAGAAGGCAAGGCAGCGAGACCAGCAAACUGCUCAGAGACUUAGAGACCGGAUUAUGCAGCUUGACACUGAGAAUAAAACUCUGGCCAUUGCCGCUGCCAGUAGGUCAGCUUCCGACCCCGGUGUAGACGAGUCACUGCUGGAUGUCAGCAUGCUGAAAGAGAAACUGGAAAAGGUGAAGAAGCUGCUACUGCUGGCAGCUCAGAGAAACCCAGAUCAAAAUAUCCAGAUGCUGGGAGAGCCUGAGGCAGUGGUGGGUGGGGACAGAGCCUCAGCGCUUGUAUACCAGGAGGAGCUGCGGCAGCUGAAGGACGAGUUUGAGCGCUACAAACUGCGAGCACAGGUAGUACUGAAGAAUAAGAAUGCCAAAGAUGGCUGCCAGGCCAAAGAGCUGGAGGAACUGAGAGACCAGCUGUCAGAGCUCAAGGAGAAGUACAUCAACCUACGGAUCCAGAGUGAUGAGGCUGAAGCCCAACACCGUCAGGAGCUGCAGGAGCGCCAGCAGCAGGCAGUGGCACUGCAGCAGAUCCACAGACAGGAAGUAGAAAGGGCGGAGGCGCAGCACCGUGAUGAGUUGCUACGAAUGGAGGCCGAGCUGCACAAACAGAGAGAGAGGACCAUGGCGUUACUGAAUGAGAAGGACCAGGAGCUAAACAAGCUGCGAGCUGCUGCUUUCAGCUGCGUUGACAACUGCGACAAGAUGACUGACAUUGAGCGUGAGUCUGGCUUCGAGAGCGAAGGUGACGUCAUCAGCCAGGCCCUGCAGCGAGCAAUGCCCACUGAGCCCACACUGCUGCUGUAUGCUGAGCAGCUGGCCAGGAAGGAGGUGGAGGGGGGCAGCCGGCGGCGGCAGAAGCACCAGCUGGAGGAAGACAUCCACCAGCUCCAGGCCAGACUCAUCGCUAAUGGAGAGAGGCAUGAUGAGGAGGUGACGCAGCUGAGAGGACAACUCGACAAAUUGAUCCGAGACCAGAGCAGAGAGGGUGCCAACAUGGAGUACCUGAAGAAUGUCAUUUACAAGUUCCUGACGCUGCAGGAUGGCAGUGGGAGGCAGCAGACCCUCACUGCCAUCCUCACCAUCCUGCACUUCAGCCCACAGGAGAAACAGCAUGUCAUGAGGCUGCAGGGUGCGGCGUGGUGGACCAACACCAAGAGGUGAAUACACAUAAUAAAGAAAUGGCAUGUCAUGAGGCUGAAAUAAUAUUCAGAAAUAAACGUGUUCUCUUUGUAAACCUGUAAAAAUCCUUUGCAGAAGAAAUGAACAGCCAUGAAUAACAGCUGAAAUUUUAAAUUGCAUUUUGUUACAGUGACGUCACACAGACGAAACAAGUGUUUUAAAGCUGUAAAC